UCCUCAUUCAAGAAACGCGUAGAAGGGUGAUUCUGGCCUUUUCCAAGCACUUCCUGGGUGUCUUCGUGUGGAAGUCCCUCAGCGGGAUGUACCGCUGUGGGCAGCAUGUGUUCCCCAAGUCCGGAUAUAAAGGAAACCUCUCUGGAGGGCUCAGGUUCCUGAGCAAUUCGGAGAUUGCCACCGUCCUGAGGCCAUUCUACUUCGUGGUGCAUCCGGAUCUGUUUGGACGCUUCCCAGAUCAGCGGGCCGUCAAUGAAGAGUCCCUGAAGCUCCUGAGUGCUCACUUGGAGGCCCUCAACAAGCGACGAGUCCUGCAGUCAACACCCACCAUGCUUCCCUUCUAUCUGAGAUCCCCACAGACCAAUAAUCCAGGCAAGAUGGUGAGAGUUCCUGUGGAGAGGUCAGCUGAUGCGAAGAGAGUGCUGAAGAAGAUUCUCCAGUCUUGUGAAUUAUCGACUGAAUACCUCGAUAAGAUUCCACAGAUGCCAGAAAAGCCAGAACUGAAACGAGUCAAUUACAAUUUUACACAACAGGAUCCGGAAGAUAUCUUCUCAGAUGAAUAUGUGAUAUUCCAGAACAUCAACAAGGUCAAGGAUGACAAAACUCUCAACGGAUGGCUGAAGAACAAUAUUAAUACGGCGCUCGAAAGGAAAAAUUCCUUGCUAGGAUUGCGAGAAGAGAUCAAGAAGCUUGAGGAAAGAGUUGUGGAGAGAUUGAAGCUGAAAGACUUGAGGUACGAGUGUGGCUGGAAUGUUGAACACUAUCGAGCUUGUCUCCGGAGCCUCGAGAGCCUAGCUAAUCUUCAUCCGAAAGAUCUCUCGCGCCUGGAGAAUCGCAUUUUAGUCUUCGCCGCCUUCACAGGCAUCAGCCUGGACGGUCAUGUGAUGCUCUUCACGGGCGAUGUUCAGCACAAUUGGAUGGAUUUUAUCAGAAACAUCCCCAAGCACGAUGCUUACCUGAAGAAGAUUCCAGCGUAUGAAUACGCCUUAUCGCAGAUUCUGCGGAAGAUCAAAAUCGGUCGCAGGAAGUUCAUGCCAAAGACACAAGCGGGAUUUUACACGAAUCACCUGAGAAAGGUCACCACGACGUUAUUGGACUACUUAGGACGACAGCAGUAUCCGAAUUCCUGGCCAGAUGACCUUAGUGAAUACGAGAUUGUGAUAGAAUCGGAAGCUGGACCACUUAUGGUGAGCCCCACUGGUCAAUUCAUCGCUCCGUCAACGUGUCCAGGAGGAAUUUUGGUGGACUUUAUCACGAACAAUUUGUCAGAGGCUCGCGACCGUGCCACACUGUACAAUAGCACUAAGCAUGUGGAAAAGGACCUGCACAGCAAAUGUGUGACUAGUCUUCGGCUCUCCAGCUUGACGAAGGAUGAUUCUGUGACGCCGGAGAAGAUGAUAAAGUGCCUGGAACGUCUUCUCUGUGAGACCAAACUCAAUUUCGUGGGCUGUGAUGUCUUCAUCACGCACUACUACUCCGUACUAGCCGACGGGACCGUCUGUAUCCCGUGGGAUUGGAAAAUGUAAAUAAAAUGGU